AUGAUUCGUCUUCCCUCAGUAAUUCUCAAAAAACUCACGCAUUCGCACCCCACCUUAGUGACCAUCGACGACGACGAUCAAACCCAUCACCAGCAUCACUAUCUCGUCAAACUCUCGCCGCGUCACGACUCCUGCGCAUCAUCAUCAUCAUCGUCAUCAUCUUCGUCGUCCUCUUCCUCCUUCCGCGCCUCUCUACGCUCCUCACUAAGCCGAAGCAAGCGAUCCAAGCACCCUUCUGCCUGGCCUCAAACAAACGAACUGCCCGCCUUGUCUUCGACGCCAACCAUACGCCGCAUAUCUCGAUGGUGA